UCAAUGUGUGAAGUUGCACUUUGAAAGUAAUGAACUAGAUGAUACUAGUAUAGAGACGAUUAAGAUUGGAGAUGAAAUUUUAUGGAAAAAAGAUGAUGACCCAAAGGAGAAAGCUAAAGCAUGUGAGAUGCUAUGCAUGUAUGCUAAACUAUUGAAGGAAGACUUUUACCCGUGGAUUUCCCAGGUUGUUCCAAUCCUUGUGCCACUUCGGCAAAUCUAUAUGCACAAUCCCGACAAGAAAUCUGAUGUUAGUGAAGUCAUGGCGGCUCUUUUGCUUUCUGCUAAACUGGCUGUUGAGAAAGGGAUUGCUGAAGGUGCAUACUUCAAGGAGUUGUCAGACUAUGUAAUACUGGCUUUGAUAGAAGCUUUGCAUAAGGAACAUGUAGCAGAAAUAUGUCAAAUCAUGUUGAAAGAAUUGAAGAAUUGCUUGUUGAUCUGCGGACCACUUAUCGAUGAAGGUCAGCUUCAUCAAAUCGUGGAUGAGCUAAAGCACGUCAUCAAAGAAAGUUUAAAUAGAAAAAGAAAACUCACAGAAAGAACAAAAUCAGAAGACUUUGAUGAUGAGGAAGCUAAAGUACUGGCGGAUGAAGAAGCGCAAGAAGAUCUGAUCAUUGCCCGU